AUUUGUAAGCGUAGUGUUCACGUUGUAUCGAGUAUUGUGCGGUGCAGCGUGCUCGUGUCUCGUGUGUAUAUUGUUGUUUGUGUGUAGUACCUACCUACUGGCACUGCAGUUUGAAAUUCUUACUCUUCGUAUUGUUGUUGCAAAGUUUGUUGUGUGUUUUUCUGGCUCUCCAAACCCUCCCCCCACGAAUGUAUGUUUAUUGUUGAUGUGCAACAACAACACUAACAUUAGAAAUACAAAAACAAUGAACUCUCUUAAAUGAAAAUGAAAUGAAACAUAGUAGUGGAAGAAAGCAGCAAGACAGACGGCGAACAUAACAAAAAACCAGACAAAAGGUAUUGCAAAUCGAGAAAAAACAAAUCAAACAAGCAUUUGCAAUUUUUUUUUGUUGUUGUAUGUUAAAACAAACAAAGAACGUUGUGUUGUAAUUUUGUAAGCAAAAACAACGAUAGCUAGUGAUUGUAUUAGAACUAAAGUUGCUAACGAUGCUGUUUGUUCGUCGUUUUGACAUCAGUCAUUAGAAUUUUCUCAGCAUAUACACAGAGAUCCCCCCCAAGAGCCAAGAAUACAAACAGAAAAAAAACAAAAGUUUAUAACCAACCUCCCUCUACGAAUGCGGACAGACGUACGGAACGCAACGCAACCAAACGAAAAGUAACGUGCGGGCAAACGGACGGACGGACUGUGAGAAGAUACACAGUCAAGCGAAAACGUCAAAGUGUACGGUUGAGUGCGAGUGCAGCAAAGAAAAAAUACACAAAUCUAAUGUGGCAAAAGUAAAUAGAGAAAUAUUUAUAUAUUAAAAGAAAAAGAGUUUCGAGAAAGCAAUAUGAGAAAUAAUUUUCUAAUAGGAAAACAAAUUCUUUGAAUAUUUUGAGAAUUUAUUAUUGAUGUUGCUCUGCAUUGUCUUGGUCUUGCUAUUAUCUGGCGCCACCUUCAAAUAGUAACAAACAUAAAUCUUAAUUACUCAAUAACGCCGUUGCUACAUCAUCAUCAGCGGCCAACCGAAGAGAUUUAUGUUAAAGCAAUUCAUUGAAAUUUAAUAGUGCAUUGAUUUGUGAAUACAAAGAAAGAGUUUAAUUAAAUAGUGAAGUGCUUAACUGGCUACAUGUUUUAUUGAUACACAGCUGAAAACAAAAUUCAUUUAGAAAAAUAGCCUAAUACAUAACAAAAAUAUUUUAAUUAAAAUUUUGGUGUACCUAAAAUUGCAUGUGCUUGUGUGAGUGUGUUUGUAACAAACAAGAACCAUUAAUUAAUUAAAAUAAAAAUAAAACGAAAAAAGGCAUAUAUUUUGAUAAAAACAACCACUUCUAAUUAUACAAAACUACCAUUCAAGCAUAUUUGUAUUGCUGCCUAUUUCGUUUGGAUGCUCUAUAAAUUUAUUGCCAACUUCUGGAAAUUGUAGCUGAGUGUAAAUGCAUCACAUCUUGUCUGACUUACCACAUUGUUUGGACUAUUCAUAGCCUAGAGUGCUACAAUUGAGAACGAAACCAAACGGAUAAAAAAAGGAUAUCAGAGAAAUAGUACCCAAAUAAUAAUAAACAAACACAAAUAGCAAAACUCACAAUUACAACAAACAUCGACAGAGCUUCCCAACCAGCACCACUGUCAUAGCACUCUCAAUGCUGGGAGAAGAGUCUGUCAAACAAAAGUCCUCAUGACCAAGUGGCCGACACUUGAAAUCACAAUGAAUUAAAAUUCUUCAAAGCAUUGCAAAAAAAAAGAGAAAGUCAGAUCAAAAUCAAAAGUCAACGAGAGCAAAGAAAAACAAAAUCUAAAAAGAAAGAAAAAAAAAACCAUCACAACAAGGCGGCUAUCCAUCAUCAUGGAUGAUAAUGAAACAAUAGCUUAGAAUGCUUAGAAUGCCGUAAUGACAUAAAUACCAUCGUCACCAACACCAAACACCACCAUCAUCAUCAACAUCGUGGUUGUCGUCAUAAGAAUUCGCGACCAUAACCCAAAGUAUCCACAGUGACAUCUCACCAAGAGACAGAAAACCAGCCAAAAAGCAUUGAGGUGCCGUUAGCACACAUCGCCAUAGAGAAAUAAGCUCAUUAGAUAUUAAGCGCCAACAUCACACAACACAUCAGACAACACACAUCACACACACAGUGUUGAAAGAAAACCAAAAGACGAGACUUUUAGCUGAGCCCUAGCUGUUGUCAGCACAUGACAAAAUGCUUUAAAGACAGCAACGGCAACGGCGACAAAACAACCAACAUUUCUCACUGACAUUUUUAGGCAGAUUGUUAUAUUUUUUGUAGUUGAAUUAAAAAAAAAAAAAAAUACCACCACUAUUGGCGUUGCCACUCCACCAUGGAUUCUUCCACCAUUAAUAUGCCUUUGGUGUCCAAAGAGGAUUGCAUGAAUGCCCUAAUAAAGCCGGCAAAUGCCAAUGAAAAAGCACCGACGGUGAGCUUUCAAAAGAAUCCAAUUAUCACGACAACCAAUUCAACACCGACCAAUGUCAAUUCAAAUGCAAAUACUCUGGCCAAUCUGGCCACCACCGCCGCCUCCGUCGCCGCCACAGAAACACCAUCAGCAACAGCACCAAUGCCAACAACCCUACAACAGAUGCAACAGCAGCAGCAGCAGCAGCCACAGCAUCAUAACCACAAUCAACAGCCGCCACUCAAUCAGUUGUCAUUGCAACCCGCAAAUUUUGUGGGGAAUAAUUUGAAGAAUGGCACUGUUAGCUAUGGCUCACAGAACAAUUUGUGCAAUGGCAUCAUUUCAGGCAAUCACAUACUGGCACCGAAAAUUCAAAACAGCUGCAGUCCCAAUGGCCAGAAGAAAGGCACUGUCUCCCUGUCCCAUUUGCCCCAGAGGCCACCGGUCGAUAUUGAAUUCACAGAGAUUUCCUAUUCCGUUUCGGAGGGAAGAAGGCGAGGUUUUAAGACAAUAUUAAAAGGUGUUUCGGGUAAAUUUCGCAAUGGUGAGCUGACGGCCAUUAUGGGACCUUCGGGUGCGGGCAAAAGUACGCUAAUGAAUAUUUUAGCAGGAUAUAAAACCUCACAACUCAGCGGCUCUGUGCUUAUCAAUGGCAAGGAGCGUAACCUAAGACGCUUUCGCAAACUCUCCUGUUACAUUAUGCAGGACGAUGUGUUGAUUGCCAAUCUGUCGGUGCGUGAGGCCAUGAUGGUCUCGGCCAAUCUGAAAUUGGGUAAAAAUAUGAACCUGGCUGCCAAGAAGGUCGUUGUCGAUGAAAUACUCGAAACAAUUGGUCUAAUCGAAUCAAGCAAUACCAAGACUUGUAAUCUCUCCGGAGGACAACGAAAGCGACUCUCCAUUGCCCUGGAGUUGGUCAAUAAUCCACCAGUUAUGUUUUUCGAUGAGCCCACAUCCGGUCUGGAUAGUUCAACGUGCUUCCAAUUGAUAUCGUUGUUGAAAUCUCUGGCUCGUGGAGGGCGCACCAUUGUCUGUACCAUACAUCAGCCGUCCGCCAGGCUCUUCGAAAAAUUCGAUCAUCUGUACAUGCUGGCCGAAGGUCAAUGCAUGUACGAGGGCCGUGUUCGUGGCCUGGUACCGUUUCUAUCAUCGCUGGGCUACGAUUGUCCCUCCUAUCACAAUCCAGCCGAUUACGUCUUGGAAGUGGCCAGUGGCGAGUAUGGCGAGUGUGUGCCCAAACUGGUGGCUGCUGUCAAGAGCGGAACAUGCAAGAAAUACAGCCAGAAAAACUAUGGCUUAGAUCUAUCCAAAGACAUUACCAAUGAUAUUAUUAAAGGCAAUGGCAAUGGCAAUGGCAAUGCGGCGAAUGGCAAUGGGGGCAGCGGCGGCGCCAAUGGCUUGACCACUGUCACACUGGCCGAUGAGAAACUCAAAUUAGAUGAGCCCUCGUCGGCGGCUGAAAUGGAACUGAACUCAAGUAUUCUCAAACCACCGAAAUUAGAAACCCAAGAGAGUCAACAGUCCGAUUGUUCAGUCAUCAAUAUGCCACGCCAUGGCGAUCACAACGGCGAGGACAGCUGUAGCUAUAGCUCGAAGGGCGGCCAAAGUACCAAUGCCGUUAUGAAUGUGUCAGGCGCUGGCAAUGGUGGUGGGGGAGGAGGCGGCGGCGGCGGAGGUGGUGGCAGUUCCGGUGCUGGCUGUACCACCUCACUGCUGGACUCGCACGAGAGUGUCAUUGCUAUGCCGAAUAAGUCCGGUUUUCCCACCAGUGGUUGGACCCAGUUCUGGAUUUUGCUCAAACGUUCCUUUGUUACAAUAAUGCGCGAUCGCAUGUUAACCCACAUGCGGCUGGCAUCGCACAUCAUUGUUGGUGCCAUCAUUGGCAUGAUCUACUACGAUGUUGGCAACGAGGCCUCAAAGGUUAUGAGUAAUGCGGGUUGUAUCUUUUUUACCACACUAUUUACCAUGUUUACUGCUAUGAUGCCCACAAUCUUGACAUUCCCCACAGAAAUGUCGGUGUUUGUUCGAGAGCAUUUAAAUUAUUGGUACUCACUGAAGGCUUUUUAUUUUGCUAAGACAAUGGCUGAUUUACCAUUUCAGAUUAUCUUCUCUAGUGUUUAUGUCAUUGUAGUCUAUUAUUUAACAUCACAACCCAUGGAACCACAACGUAUCACCAUGUUUGUGGUUAUCUGUGUUCUCACCUCACUGGUGGCUCAGUCGCUGGGACUGCUGAUUGGUGCUGGCAUGAACAUUGAGGCGGGCGUAUUUCUGGGUCCGGUCACAACUAUACCAACCAUACUUUUUUCGGGUUUCUUUGUCAAUUUUGAUACAAUACCGGGCUAUUUGCAAUGGGUAACCUAUGUGAGCUAUGUACGCUAUGGAUUUGAAGGAGCCAUGGUUUCCAUUUAUGGCAUGGAUCGGGCCAAACUGCAGUGUGAUGCCAUGUAUUGUCACUUCCGUAGUCCCAAAAAGUUCUUGGAGGAAAUGUCCAUGGAUCAGGCAGAGUAUUGGAUAGAUGCAGUGGCGUUAAUUGGCAUUUUUAUUGCUUUAAGAAUUGUGGCAUACUUUGUGCUGCGCUGGAAGUUGCACAUGAUACGUUAAAAAGGGUCAAAAUGUAGUUUAAUAUUGGACCAGAGGAUCGAGCAUUACCACAUCACACACACUCUCAAACACACACUCAAACACACACUCACACACACACACAUAAUGUAGACUAGAUUUAAAUCUAUGUGUAGAGGUCCUAGGGCCAGUUAGGUCACAACAGCGGCAUGAGAGACCAGCAACAGCAGCAAAUAAGUAAUUGCCUCUUCUGUUGAUUUUAUAGGCAUAUUUUUAGUAUUAGCAGGAAACAUUUUUAUUCUCAAUAUGGUGUGAUAUGUAAUGUGUUUUUUUAUAUAUAUACAACCUAUAUAUAUAUAUAUAUAUGAAAUAGUUUCUUAAUAUAUAUUUUCAGUUUUCUUGUUUUAGAAAUUUAUUCAAUUAUUUGCUAGCAUAGCGUAAAAUAUCUCGAUAUACAUAUGUAAAUUAAUUUCUUUUGUAUUAUUGUGGUAAUAAUUUGUGAUGAUUUUAUUUUAAUUCUAAUUAAUGGUCAUUUUGAAAGCUGUGGCAUUAUUUUUCUAUUAUAUUUAACUUUAUUUUUUUUUAAUGUUAUGUUAGGCCAAUAGAUUUUGUCUUCAUUGCAACACAGAUAUUGGAAGGUCAGAAUGUCAAAACUAAAACAGAAAAUAGGGGCUGAAAUAAACCCCUAAUGGGUCAUAUGCAUGAAUUUAGAAAAUUUUUGAAAAUGUGAUAUGGGGAUUUAACCGUUGGCACAGACAGUUCUAAGACUUGUUUCUGUUCAUUCAAAUUUAAUGUUUUAUUACUACAGGGAAAUAGUAUUUUGCACUAACAUACUAACCAAAUACCUUAUGAUAUUAGUUCCUCCUAAAUGUAAUUGAGAAGAUGAAGUGAUUAAUGAAAGAUUAUGUGAAGAAUAAAUGCCAUUUGGGCAUUGAAAUAUACAUCAGAGAGAGAGAGAACAAGUAAAAGCGUGCUAAGUCCGGCUGGGCCGAAUCUUAUAUACCCUCCACCAUGGAGCGCAUUUGUCGAGUUCUUUUCCCGACAUCUCCUCUUAGGCAAAAAAUGAUAUAAGAAAAGAUUUGCUCCGCUAUUAGAGCGAUAUCAAGAUAUGAUCCGAUUUGGACCACAAUUCAAUUAUAUGUUGGAGACCUGUGUAAAAUGUCAGCCAAUUCGAAUAAAAAUUGCGCCCUUUGGGGGCUCAAGAAGUAAAAU